CGGUCCUCUAAGUGAAGAGCGGUGCAAAUGCCACGUCUCGUCGCUGCCGGUCUCCUGCUGGCCUCCCUCUUGCGGGGAAGCACUGCUGCCACAUGGUGUGGAAAAAAUUACAUGGCGACUGACCCAGUGGUACCUCCCGGCGGUCAGUUCCCUGUCCCAGACACCUCCUCGAGUUCGCUUUUAGCCUUCCGCUGCGCCCCGAUUAUCAAGCCGUAUCUCCCUGAGGAUGCGUCCUCCCCAGCUGGCUUCUUGAUCGACGCCCCAGUCACGUUCUCACAGGUUGUCGGUGCUGCACCCAUCGCGCUACCUGCGCACGGUUUUGCAGGUGCGCUGGAUGUCACACUCAAAAUCGGCGGGAAGACCAUCGCGAGGGGUCCAGUCGCAGUGAACGCGACGAAAGUCGAGAUCCCGUUCUCGCUGAAAAGCCUGCAACCCCAGGCGACCCAGUUCAACGUGGAAUGCACGGCGACGUAUGGGUCGCAGACGUUCACUGCGAACACGACCUUGUCCUAUCUCCCCGACCCUCCUGAUGGGCGUUCAGUGACGAAGAUGGACUUGCGCACUGGCGCGUUGCUCGCGAAGCCUGCCACGGGCAAGGGCGGAGCAUACGAGAUUGUCUUCCCGGUUGGCUUCUACACGAACUUCGCCGCAUACAUCGCGUCGAACCUCUCGCUUAUCGACGAGAUCGCGUCCCAGGGCUUCACAGUGAUCCACCCUAUCCCUACCUUCGACAACCUCACAGCGCUCGCUGAUGUCGUCCAGCGCAUGGAGGAGGUCGGUAUCUACCUCAUGUACGACAUGCGAUGGACGUACAUGAACAACACCGCGGUCACCGAGGAGGUGAACCGCAUCAAAAACAGCCCCGCGCUCCUGCUCUGGUACACGGGCGACGAGCCAGACGGCACCUCGGACCCGCUGAACGCGACGUCGACCGCGUACGACCUCAUCUACUCGCUGGACGGAUACCACCCUGUCUCGCUCGUGCUGAACUGCCAAGACUACUACUGGACCGAGUACACGGCCGGCACGGACAUCGUCAUGCAGGACACGUACCCCGUCGGGAUCAAUGCGACGUGGUCCGUCGAAUGGAAUACGCCAUGCACGCCCGACUACGGCGACUGCGGGUGCGACAACUGCGCGGGCUCGUUCGAGGACAUCAGCACGCGCAUGGACGAGUUCGCGCAACGUCGCUUCUCCGACGGCUGGGAGCUCUCGAAGGCGGUGUGGACCGUGCCGCAAGGGUUCGGCGCGUCCGAGUACUGGAGCCGCGUCCCCACGGGCAAGGAGUUCGUCGUGCAGAGCGUGCUCGCGAUCAACCACGGGGCGCUGGGCGUCGUCAGCUGGGACGCGCCUACGACGGACGACGUGACGGCGAGCGCUUCGGUGCUCGCGAAGUCGCUCGCGACGAUGAAGGAGUUCAUACUGAGCCCGCGGGCGACGUUUGCGCACGUGGUCAGCGAUAGGGUGGAUGUGGGGCUGUGGACGGUGGGCGCACGCACGCUCGUGCUCGCGACGAACCUGAACUAUGAGGCGAAGGUAUUCGAUAUGCGCAGCGUGAAGGGGCUGGCUGCGAAGACGCUGCUGGGAACGAAGCAGGUUCUGGACAGUGGGGCGGGGGUGCAGGGACACAUCAUCUCGCUCGAGAGCGUGGGCACUGGGGGGUUUGUCGUAGGGUAA